AUGGGUGCUCACCAGUCGGUGGGCCGCGAGUUCUUGGAGGCCGCCAAUCCGGAUGGUCCUCGUGAGGAAGGUGACCAGGAGCUCGGCGAUCUCCCGACGCCGGAGUUCCCACCGACGCCACCGCCAUUGCCGCCACCGAUGGCACCGCCGGCACCAACCACAGAAGAGCCGACUCCAUACGGGUCAUACGUUCGCAGAUGCACUGUUUGUGGGGAGCUCGCCUACUUUCGCGAACGGAUUUGUCUCAAUUUGUCCUUCAUGGGUGUGCCGGACCUGAACGUGGCCAAGAACUGGGCCGGCCAGCCGCCUUCAAAUCCCAAGAAAGCGGCCGAGUACAUGGAGUACUAUCGCCUGCACCCAAAGAAGCCUAAGAAGAACAGGGGAUUAAAGAGGAAGGCAUGGUGGGCACAACAUUGCAAGCGAACCAAAUCCUCCUGGAACGCAUGGGGCUAUCGCAAUCAUGACGAUGAUGAUAUGGAUGGCGGUGAUCAUGCAGGCCCGUCCGGCAGUGCAGACGUGCAGCCGAUCGUUGUGUCCUAG